UAUUUCAAAUUUGAUGACAAUAUAUAUCUCCAGAUCAGUGGCACUGCUAUGGGCACCCGCAUGGCCCCACAAUAUGCCAAUAUCUUCAUGGCCGACCUGGAACAACGCUUCCUCAGCUCUCGUCCACUCACACCCCUUCUCUAUCUACGCUACAUUGAUGACAUCUUCAUCAUCUGGACCCAUGGGAAGGAGACUCUGGAAAAAUUCCACCAUGAUUUCAACAGCUUCCACCCCACCAUCAACCUCAGCCUGGACCAAUCUACACGGGAGGUCCACUUUCUUGACACCACGGUGCAAAUAAGUGAUGGUCACAUUAACACCACCCUAUAUCGAAAACCCACCGACCGCUAUGCCUACCUUCAUGCCUCCAGCUUCCAUCCCGGGCACAUCACACGAUCCAUUGUCUACAGCCAAGCACUGAGGUACAACCGCAUCUGCUCUGACCCCUCAGACAGAGACCAACACCUACAAAAUCUCCACCAAGCAUUCUCAAAACUACAAUACCCGCAAGAGGAAAUAAGGAAACAGAUCAACAGAGCCAGACGUGUACCCAGAAGCCUCCUACUGCAAGACAAACCCAAGAGAGAAACCAACAGGACUCCACUGGCCAUCACAUACAGCCCCCAGCUAAAACCCCUCCAACGCAUCAUCAAGGAUCUACAACCCAUCCUGGACAAUGAUCCCACACUUUCACAGGCCUUGGGUGGCAGGCCAAUCCUUGCCCACAGACAACCUGCCAACCUGAAACAUAUUCUCACCAGUGACUGCACACCACACCAUAAUAACUCUAGCUCAGGAACCAAUCCAUGCAACAAACCUCGAUGCCAACUCUGCCCACAUAUCUACACCAGCGACACCAUCACAGGACCUAACCAGAUCAGCCACACCAUCACUGGUUCAUUCACCUGCACAUCCACCAAUGUAAUAUACGCCAUCAUAUGCCAGCAAUGCCCCUCUGCUAUGUACAUCGGCCAAACUGGACAGUCUCUACGGAAAAGGAUAAAUGGACACAAAUCAGACAUUAGGAAUGGCAAUAUACAAAAACCUGUAGGAGAGCACUUCAACCUCCCUGGCCACACUAUAGCAGACCUUAAGGUGGCCAUCCUGCAGCAAAAAAACUUCAGGACCAGACUUCAAAGAGAAACUGCUGAGCUUCAGUUCAUCUGCAAAUUUGACACCAUCAGCUCAGGAUUGAACAAAGACUGUGAAUGGCUUGCCAAUUACAGAACCAGUUUCUCCUCUCUUGGUUUUCACACCUCAACUGCUAGAACAGGGCCUCAUCCUCCCUGAUUAUCAGCCACACCAUCACUGGUUCAUUCACCUGCACAUCCACCAAUGUAAUAUACGCCAUCAUAUGCCAGCAAUGCCCCUCUGCUAUGUACAUCGGCCAAACUGGACAGUCUCUACGGAAAAGGAUAAAUGGACACAAAUCAGACAUUAGGAAUGGCAAUAUACAAAAACCUGUAGGAGAGCACUUCAACCUCCCU